AUGGCUCCCUCUGCAGUAUCACCACCACCCUCCAAUACCGAUAAGCUGCUGGUCAAGCCCUGGUCCCGGCCGCAGCCAACAAGAGAAGAUCUAGACUGGGCGCCUCUCACCACUAUUGAUCUCUCACGUUUCGAUGAGCCGGGGGGCAAGCAGGAACUAGCGAAACAACUCUACGAUGCCAUCUCGCGAGUUGGGUUCUGGGUUGUGACUGGCACCGGCAUCGACGAUGAGCGAGUCCUGCGUCAAUUCAGCAUUGGAAACACGUUCUUCAGAGAGCCACUCGAAGAAAAGCGGACUUAUCCAUGCAACUUUGCGGAAGGCGAGUACUUUGGAUACAGGGAGAACGAGAGAUGGCUUGGUGAUACGGGUGUGAAGGAGAACAUUGAGAUGCUCAAUAUCCACAAGGACAUCCCAGCGUGGAAAGACGUCGGUCGUCAUCGGGUUGUUGAAGAGAACUGGGAUGAGAUUCGAGACUUCCACCGCGACGUCUGGGAAGUUGCACGAAAGCUCUUCGUUCUCAUCGCUAUUAUCUUGGAGCUCCCAGAAAAUUAUCUCGCUGAUGCGCAUGCCUAUGAUCAAGUAUCGGAUGAUCAUUUGCGGUACAUGAUCUACAACGUCCGGACUGAAGAGGAAUGGGACAAAGCGCAAGCCUUCUCAACGGGCGGUCAUACAGAUUUUGGCAGCUUGACCCUCCUGUUUUCUCAACAUGUUGCUGGUCUGCAAAUCAGGACACCAGAAGGGGACUGGAAGUAUUUGAAGCCCGUGGAGGGUGGUAUUACGUGCAACGCGGCAGACACCUUGACGUUCCUCACAAACGGAUUUAUCAAGUCAACGAUUCAUCGAGUAGUCAAGCCUCCCAAAGACCAAAUCAAUAUUCCUCGGCUGGGACUUCUAUACUUUAGUCGACCUGGGGACCACACACCGAUGAGAACGUUGCCAUCACCCCUCCUGGAUCGUCUUGGCUUGAUCAGAGAGGAAGACCGAGACCUGAGCAGGCCAGUUCCAUCAGGGACAGAGUACGUGCGGGCAAGAGUGAAGGAUGUGCAUCACAAGAAGGUGCUUGAUAAGCGCGAAGGGACAUCAUUCCAGUUCAAGGGGCUGGAAGUCAAGAAUCAUUAUGAAUGA